UUAACCGCCUUCCAUACACUUGUUGUCAUAAAUUAACAACGCAAACUCUCUCUCUCUCUAUCUCUCCUGACAAUAACUAAACAGAGAAGAGCAGCAUAAAUACAUAGACAUCAAUUACUGAUCGGCGGCGAAGGAUGUUCAAGGUGCCGGUGAUAUGCGGAACGGAGUUAGAAAGAGAGAUAGAGCUUUCACGUGACGGAAGUCAUUACAGUCUCACUACGGGUAUUCUACCUUCUCUCGGUGCACGCAGCAACCGUCGUGUUCAACUCCGCAACUUCAUCAUCUCUCCCUAUGAUCGACGUUACAGGUUUUGGGAGACUUUUCUGGUUAUUCUGGUUAUUUACACUGCCUGGGUGUCCCCAUUUGAGCUUGGUUUUCUUCACAAAGCACGACCACCACUCUCUGUCCUUGAUAAUGUUGUAAAUGGGUUUUUUGCCAUCGAUAUCGUACUUACUUUCUUCGUAGCUUAUCUUGAUAAAAAUACCUACCUCCUUAUUGAUGAUCGCAAGCUGAUUGCUUGGAAGUAUGCAAGUACAUGGUUGGCAUUUGAUGUCAUAUCUACAAUACCUUCGGAACUUGCUCUGAAGAUUUCCCCAUCACCUCUUAGGACCUAUGGUUUAUUUAACAUGCUCAGACUCUGGCGGCUUCGUAGAGUUAGUUCUCUUUUUGAGAGACUGGAGAAAGACCGAAAUUUCAACUAUUUCUGGGUUCGAUGUGCGAAGCUUAUUUGUGUUACCCUUUUUGCAGUUCAUUCCUCUGCCUGCUUUUAUUAUCUUAUAGCAGCUGACUAUCAUGACCCUUCGAAGACUUGGAUUGGGGCGUCCAUCACUGACUUCAAGAAUCAAAGUUUAUGGAUUCGCUAUGUGACGUCAAUUUAUUGGUCCAUUACAACUCUCACAACAGUUGGUUAUGGAGACUUGCAUGCUCAGAAUACAGGGGAAAUGAUCUAUGACAUAUUUUACAUGCUUUUCAAUCUUGGGCUAACAGCUUAUUUGAUAGGAAAUAUGACCAACUUGGUUGUCCAUGGUACCAGUAAAACCAGGCAAUUUAGGGAUACCAUUCAAGCUGCAUCUAGUUUUGCUCAUAGGAAUCGACUUCCUGUUCGACUGCAAGAUCAGAUGCUUGCACAUUUAUGCUUAAAGUUUAGAACAGACUCUGAAGGGCUUCAGCAGCAAGAGACUCUUGAUACUCUCCCAAAAGCCAUCCGCUCAAGCAUUUCACAUUUCCUGUUCUACACCCUCGUGGAUAAGGUUUAUUUGUUUCGAGGGGUGUCUAACGAUUUGCUCUUUCAGCUGGUUUCAGAGAUGAAAGCUGAAUACUUUCCUCCCAAGGAGGAUGUCAUUUUGCAAAAUGAAGCACCCACAGAUUUUUAUAUACUUGUUACAGGAGCAGUUGAUUUGGUGGUUCUCAAAAAUGGGGUCGAACAGGUCGUUGGCGAGGCAAAAACUGGUGACCUUUGUGGUGAGAUUGGUGUACUUUGUUAUAGGCCUCAACUCUUUACAGCACGCACCAAAAGAUUGAGCCAGCUCUUACGUUUGAAUCGCACAACAUUUUUUAAUAUAAUUCAGGCCAAUGUUGGUGAUGGGACGAUUAUCAUGAAUAAUCUCCUCCAGCAUCUGAUAGAGGAGAAGGAUCCCAUGAUGGAGGGAGUUCUACUGGAGACAGAGCAUAUGCUAGCUCGAGGGAGAAUGGACUUGCCUCUUAGCUUAUGCUUUGCUACACUUAGAGGAGAUGACCAACUAUUGAAUCAACUUCUUAAACGUGGCCUAGAUCCAAAUGAGUCGGACAACAAUAAUAGGACAGCUCUGCACAUAGCUGCAUCCAAAGGAAAUGAAAACUGUGUGCUACUAUUACUGGAUUAUGGAGCAGAUCCCAAUAGUAGAGAUUCAGAAGGGAAUGUACCACUUUGGGAGGCCAUGUUGUCUAAUCAUGAACAAGUGGUUAAAGUGUUGGCGGAUAAUGGUGCUGUAAUAUCUUCUGGUGACACGGGAUAUUUUGCUUGCAUUGCUGCUGAACAAAAUAACCUGGACCUGUUAAAGGAAAUUGUCCACCGCGGAGGGGAUGUCACUCGUCCUAAGAGCAAUGGAGCGACAGCUCUCCACGUUGCAGUUUGUGAGGGUAAUGUUGACAUUGUUAAAUUUCUUUUGGACCAAGGAUGUUAUGCUGAUAAAGCUGAUGACCAUGGCUGGACUCCAAGGAAUUUAGCUGAGCAACAAGGACAUGAGGAUAUUAAACUUCUUUUCCAAUCCCCAAAACCUGAAAGAACUCAAUCUGCUGAUGUUCAACUGCCCGAGGAAAAACACGGGGUUCGUUUUCUCGGGAGACAUAGAAGUGAGCCAACAAUACGGCCUUUCUCUCAUGACAGAAAUGGAGAAGGGGAGUCACUGGGACGUGCUAGGCGUCGCCGUGGUAAUAACUUCCAUAACUCACUAUUCGGGAUCAUGUCAUCUGCUACUGGUGAGGAAAAUGACUUGCUCUUAUCUGUAAAUCAAAACAGAAGUGCACUGAAUGUCGCACAUUACACUGCCAGAACAACAGUUAGUUGCCCUCAGAAGGGAGAUGUUACCGGAAAGCUCGUGUUACUUCCACAGAGCUUUCAGCAGUUGCUUGAGAUCUGUAUGAAGAAAUACAGGUUUGUGCCUACUCGGGUUCUAAUCAAAGAUGGAGCUGAGAUUGAUGAAAUAAAUUUAGUUAGGGAUGGUGAUCAUCUAGUUUUUGUUGGUGAUCUUACAGUUAACGGUGGACACAUGAGAUAACAGAUGUUUCAAUUUUGCCGCCAAACUCUGUAAUUCUCUGUAUGUAUUUUCUACAUUUACAAAGGAAAUCUGAGUAUACACUUUUAAUUC